GAUAUUGUGUAUUUGUUAUAGAAAAAGUUUUCUUCAAAUAUGGAUGGGGUAUCUUCGGUGGCUACUGAAGAAAGAGACAAUAUGGAGAGAUCUGUUAGAAGACGUCAUUCCUCAAUUUUGAAACCCCCAAGGAGUCCUCUUCAGGAUAUCAGAAGUGGGAAUGAAAUAGUUCAGGAAUCCAAUACUUUGAGAAAUAGGAAAAGCUCUCGUCGAGUCAGCUUUGCAGAUACUAUAAAGGUAUUCCAGACAGAGUGUCCUAUGAAAACAGUGAGAAAGUCAGAAAUUGCAGAUACAGAAGCAGGAGAAAAUGUUCCACCUAUACAGAAUACAAAUUCAGAUGACAAAUAUUGUGAGAUUACUGUAGGUAUGAACACAUUGCUUUGUGCUCCCAUUCAGACUCAAAUGCAACAAAGAGAGUUUUCAAUUAUAGAGCCCAACCAUGACAACAAACAUGGAAAUGACCAGACAAUCAUCUUUUCCAAUGAAAAUCAGAUGGAUUUGACAGCAAGUCACACUGUGAUGAUAACCAAAGGCCUUUUAGAUUGUACCAAAAGUCAAAAUUCUACCAAGAUAGAUACUGCAUCCUUCCUGGCUAACAUAAAGUGUCACAAUGCGAAUUUGAGAAUGAAAAAAGAAUUAAAAAUUCCCAUGGAUCAACACCCCACUCCAGAAAAAAAAAUAAAUUGCAAUGAUUUGAUACAAAGAUUGAAAACACGAAAAUCCAGUGCUUAUCUUACAGACCCUGAUAAAGAAAACUUUGAAAUACCUAUUUAUUCCAAACAACCAAGUAGUGCCUCUUCUACACAUCAAAUGCAAGCAUCUCUCCAUGUAAAUGAGAAUAGUAGUAAUAUUACUAGAAUCUUCAGAGAACAAGACGAUGGGAUGAAUUUCACCCAAUGCCUUACAACCGAUAUUCAUAUUCCCCCAUCUGGUGAGGACAACUUAGUGGAAUUCAAGGGUGAUAUUACAACUUAUGACAAUGACUGUAUGGACUUGACAGCUAACCAUACCCUGCAGGUUUUAUCUUUAGCAAAUAAUUUAUCCAAGACGGAAAAUCAAACUUAUAAGAUCUCCAAGGAUGUUGAAGCAGUUGGUGGAACUGAAGCUCCAGAAAAGACAACAGUCUCUAAAAGUAAACAAAAUGCUGGUUUACAAGAUCCUUUCUUAAACCCUGAACAUAAAACACAUUGUAGUCACAUUAUAGAUUCAGAAACUCCCACAGUCACAGGGACUUCUAAUCAAGAUGCCAGAGCAACAGCUGGUAACUCAGAAUCUGUGUGUUUUAGUCCAGCUGCUCACGGUUAUAAGACCUUAUUUUAUUCUAGUUGUGAUGAUGCCAUGGACUUGACCAAGUGUCUCUCAAGUAUGAGAGAGGAGAAAAGUUUGCUGAAACCUGAUGGUAAUUUUUCUAAAGGACAUUCCAAUCCUGAUUCCAGCCCUGUUCUUACUGAGAAAACGUUUUAUUCAGGAGAGGAUAGUAUGGACAUUACCAAGAGUCACACAGUUGCAAUAGAUAACCAGCUUUUUAAGCAAGAUCAGACAGAUGUGCCAAUUGUAUCUGCACCACUAUCUGAAGAAGCAAUGAUUCUCCAAAAUCAUGUAACUGUGGCAGAAGGUGGGGGAAGGAAUGUAAAUUGUCAUUCACUUCCUCAAGUGUCCAGGGCAAGAUUACAACAGAGCCUGACAAAUUCUCUCUCUCUUCACUCGACUGACAAAAAGACUUUCCUCUUAGAAGAUGAAGAUAUGGAUUUGACUCAAAGUCACACAAGUAACUUAAGUCAGGCUCCUCUUGCACCUUACAUUCUAGCAUCAGAGAAUAUCACUAAAUCUUAUUCUUGUAGCAAAAGUCCUCCAGAUAAAUGGGGGAAAAUUCAUAUAGCAAAGUCUGUACCAGGCCAGGGUUCUAAAGUACCUGAGUCACUGAGGAGAGAUUUAGAUGACCCCGCACAGGUCUCUUCUCAUGACCAGGUGAUUAUUUGUUCAGAGGAGGAGCAAACUAUGGAUCUAACCAAGAGCCAUGCUGUUAUCAUUAAAUUUGGUCCUUCCGAAGUACAAGACCGUAAUAAGAAUAAUUUAGAACAGAGCACCAUCCAAGUCAAAACAGUAAACAGACCAAUAGCUGUAAAAGGAGAAAACUGUGGUAAAAGUCCUAUGGAAAAAACUGGGGAAUUUGUACCUAAUAAUGUCUUUGGUGUAUUAGAGGACAAAAGUAUACAGAAACCUGAAUUUCUGAUGGAAAAGCAAAAUGCCAAAGUUUGUGGAAGGAAAAGUGUUAGUGGACUAAAAAUUGAUAAGACUGUUAUAUUUUCAGAUGGUGAUGAAAAUGAUAUGGAGAUCACCAAGAGUUGUACAGUAGAUAUAAACCAUAGGUCUUUAUUAGACAAAGGUGAUGCCAAUCAGAUGCCUGUGGAAGGAACUUCUAAAACUAUUUUGUAUGCUUGUGAGCAGGGUGAAAUGGAAAUCACUACAAGUCACACUGUUGCCUUAGAAUGUGAAAGGGCCUCAUCAAAUGAAAGAAUUAUUAGACCUGUGGAAAAGACUACAAUGUUUGUAGAUAACCACGAUGAGCUAGAAAUGACAAAGUCCCACACUGUCUUCAUUAACUACCAUGCAGAGAAAACUUUACCUCCACACAGACCUAAGUUUGAACUACCCAAAAGGAAAAGUCUGAGAACUGCAGAAGUGACAUCUCUUGCUAAAGAGAAUGCUUUAUGUUCAGAAAAUGGUGACAGCAACCAUCCAGCAUCAAAAGGUAGGCAGGUAACUGUCCCAGAGGAGUGCUCUAGUUACCAUCCUAGAGGGGAAUGUGAGACAUUAAUAGCUGAUAAUAACAUGCAAGUGUCUAAAUUAACCAGUUGGAAAAAUGUGAAAGAUGUACAAAAGCCUGGAUUUCCAAAUGAACUUCUGUCAGGCAAAACUCAGAGAAGAAAAAGCCUGAGGUUACAAAAUGACAAGACCAUUGCCUUUUCAGAGAAUGAUAAAAAUGAUAUGGAUAUCACCCGGAGUUCUAGGGUAGAAAUAAAUGACAAAGGUACCUUGGAAGAUAGAGAGGACUCUAACUGGAUGCCUUUGACAGGAGCUUCUAAAACUGUUUUAUAUGCAUGUGGGCAAGAUGACAUGGAGAUAACUAGAAGUCACACCACUGCCUCUGAAUGCCAAACUCUCCCACCAGAAGAAGUAACUGCUAAGCCAGUGGACAAAACAAUAAUGUUUGUAGAUAAUCACAAUGAUCUGAAAGUUACCAAGUCCCAUGCUGUUUUCAUUGACUGUCAAGCCACGGAGAAAACGCUUCCAGAAUACCCUACAUUUGGAAUAGCAAGAGAAGGAAACAGUACUGAGGAUAAUAGCUGCAUUCAAGAAAUCACUAAAAAACAAGCACUGUCUGUAGGAAGUGAAAUUGUUUUUCACUCUGCACAAAAGCAUCAGAUGACAACCCUUAUUCCUCCUAAUACAUUGUGUAGGGAUCAAAGUAAAAUGGAAUUGAUCAAGUUCCAUAGAACUGAUACAAAUGAGGUGGUCAUGGGGAAAGUUGCAGACCAGGCCUACAUAGUGAAAGGAGCCCAAGCUGAAAGCUGCCAUAUAGAUAGUACAGAUAGAAAAAAUGUGGAUUUUACGAGCAGUCAUGGAGCUGUUAUUUGUGGAUCCAGUGAUAAUUGGAAACAAAGUCUGAAAAAUUUGCAUGGGAAAACGGAAGGAGUUUCAGAUCUCCAAACUGUUCAGUUGCCACCUACUCCAGAACAAGUACUUGAAUUAGGAACUACAGGGUUCAAUAAUAAGAGUGUACUGCAAACUAAGGAAAUAAAUAACAUUGUCUCCAAUGAUGCUAAUGAUAAUAAAGAUGAAGAAAACAAGAACUCUCAUAGUGGAUCUGAAAGUAUGUCUAUACCAUUAAGUACAGCUGGUAGAGAUAAAAUGAGGAGAUAUUCUUUGGGAAUCUUUUUGCCCAGAUUGCCAAACAAGAGAAAUUGUAGUGUCAUGGGUAUUGAUGAGACUGAGCAGAUUCCAGCAGAUUCAACUGAUUUAAAUCACUUAGAAAUUCUUCCAGUCUCUAACAAGGAUUUAGGCACAGGAUCUGUUGUACCUAAAAUGAACUUAAGUCCAUCUCAGUAUAUAAAUGAGGAAAAUCUCCCUGGUGAGAUUAAUUCCUCAGGCUCUAUUAGCACAGAAAUUGAAGAAAAUAUUUUGAUUGAAACUGACCAAAAAGCAACUUUACCAUCUGACAACAAAAUGGAGGAAACCUGUAUUAGCCACAAAAGAACAUGGGUACAAGAAGGAGAUGCUGUUUCAACUGAGAAAAAAAUCAGAAAACAUGACUUUCAGCUUGGUGAUACUAUUCAGGGCCAUGAGAUUUUUGACCCCGAUACUGAAGAGGACAUAGAUAAACAUGUUAACAGUGUAUUGGCAAAAAGCCCAAGCAGGACCCCAUCUAGCUGCAGCAGCUCUCUGGAUUCAGUCAAGGCUGAUGGGACCUCUCUGGACUUCAGCACAAACCGCAAUAGUCAAAUGGAAUCACAAUUUCUCAGUGACACUAUUUGUGAAGAGAACUUGAGGGAGAAACUCAAAGAUGGGAGCAUUACAAUAAGAGAGUUCUUCAUACUUCUUCAGGUCCACAUUGUGAUACAGAAGCCCCGGCAGAGCAAUCUCCCAGCCAAAUUUACUACAGACAUAUCACCUACUCCAGAAGACCUGAUGUUAAGACAAUAUGUGUAUGGACCCAAGAUACAGAUUUAUAGAGAAGACUGUGAGGUUCUUCGCCAAAAGAUUGAAGCAUUAAAGAUUUCUGCAUUGAACCAAGAUAAACUACUGACUGAUGUAAACAGGAACUUGUGGGAAAAAAUGAGAAACUGCUCUGAUGAAGAGCUGAAGACCUUUGGAAUUUACCUUAACAAAAUAAAGUCUCGUUCAACCAAGAUGACAAAAGUCUUCACUCACCAAGGAAAGGUGGCUCUGUACAACAAGCUGGUGAAGUCGGCUCAGAAUGAGAGAGAAAAGCUUCAGAUAAGGAUAAAUGAGAUGGACAACAUACUUAAGAAGAUCAGUAACUGUCUCACUGAAGUGGAAAUAGAAACUAAGGAUUUGGAAAAUGAAGAGAAAGAUAAUCCUGUGGACGAAUGGAAUUCUCAAAUGAAAGCUGCAGAGAAUGAGCUCAAACAGCUGAAAUCAGAAGAGGAAGAACUGGAAAGAAAGGUAUUAGAAGUAGAGGUACAGAAAAAGCAGACCCUUGCCCAAAUAGACUUUAUGCAAAAGCAAAUAAAUAGAACUGAAGAACUACUGGAUCAGUUGAGUUUAUCUGAGUGGACUAUUAUUGAGUGGAAUGACACUCAAGCUGUAUUCACCUUUGUUUAUGACACCAUACAACUCACCAUCACCUUUGGAGAACCUGUAGCUGGUAUUCCUUUCCUGGACCAGGCCAACAGGAAGAUUGCUGAGGUCGAUUUUCAGUCUCUGUUAGAUGAGGAUAAAGCUCCCCCUUCCUCCCUUUUAGUUCAUGAGCUCAUUUUUCAGUAUAUUGAGGAACAAGAAUCCUGGAAGAAGAAAUGCAUAACCCAGCAUCAAAUACCCCAGAUGCUUCAUGAACUCUCACUGGUUGUGAACCAUUGCCGACUCCUUGGGGAGGAGAUUGAAUUUUUAAAGAGAUGGGGACCAAAUUACAACCUAAUGUACAUAGAUGUGAAGCAUUCUGAAUUGAAGCUUUUGUUCUCCAGCUCUGUAGCAUUUGCAAAGUUUGAGUUAACUUUGUCAGUCUCAGCAUAUUAUCCUUUGGUUCCAUUACCUUUCACCGUUCAAAAUCACCUUGGAAACAUUGGACAUGAUGAAAUUGCUACUAUUAUGUCUAAAGUGCCAUUAGAAGACAACUAUUUGAAGAAUAUAGUCAAGCAGAUUUACCAAGAUCUACUUCAGGACUGUCAUUUCUCCUGCUAGACCCACAGGCCACUGCUGGAAAAAAAUGUCCUUAGCCAGAUAUGGUAGCGCAUGUCUGUAAUCCCAGCACUCAAGAGACAGGAAGAACAUGAAUUUGAGGUCCGCCUAUUGCUACACAGUGAGUCUGAGGCCAUCCUGAGUUACAUAGUGAGACCCUGUCUCUAAACCCAAGCAAACAAAACAAAAAACCAUAAUAUUAUGUCACGAGCUGCGUUACUGGUUUACAUUUGUCUUUAUGUCAUAGAAGACUAGUAAAAUUCCUCCUGAUGAUGUUAUAGUUAAUCUGCAUGGUUUUUAUAUCUGUAGUUAGUAAAGAUAAAAAGCCUCAAAUAGCUUGCUAUCAACUUGCUUAUUUUUCUACCUAAGAUUACAUAGUGUGACACAUAGAGAAAAUUUCCAUUAACUACAGUGGUGUUCUCUUUUUCAGAGGUAUUACUAUUGACAAAGAAAUGAGCCCUUUCCACAAACUUAGAGAUAGGAGUUUUAGGGAGCCUGGCUUCUGCCUAGCAGAUACUUUGGAAUUGAAACAUCUGGCAUUUACCUCCAGUGGUAGCACACAGGCAAUCAGUAGCCUGAACACGGAGGACCACUUGAGCCCAUGAGUUCAAGACCAGGAUGGACAACAUAGUUUGUGCAACACAAAUGAGAAUAUAUCUAUCUGUAAACUACUAGUCAUUUUUCUACAUUUGAGAAAUACUAAGAGAAAGCAAUAAUACUCUGCUACUGGAAUGGUGCCUUUCCUUGAGGGCUUUGCUGUUUGAUCUGUAGUGUAUAUUAAUGUUUUCUUAAUCAGUUCAGUUUUCCAGGGAAAGCUGAUUUGGGCCCAUUACAUACAUGUAAAUAUGUUCAUGUUUUUGUGUCUGUGAUAUAUAAUAAGGAAAUAAUAGCCUUCUAGAAGCAUGAGCAGUUUGCAUUUUUCUAAAGCAUGCUUGCUUCAUAGUGAGAUUCUCAACCUUUUAUUAAAUAAUGACAUCCUAAACAGCUUCACACUCAAAACAGUGGUUUCUGACAGUGAUAAAAAAACUGACUCUACUGAUUGAUUGGUUCCUGAAGCCACAUCUUUUCUCACACUAAACCAAGUAUAUCUGUGAGCAGUAUUACCUCUGAGAUAGACAAAUAUAAAAGAACUUUUGCCCAACUUUAGUCAAAUCUUAAUCAUGAUAAUCUUUUAUAUUCUAAAUUAAAUAGAGUUACAUUCUAGGCUAAUUUGUCUUAAAUUUUUGCUUUUUACUUUAGGAUCAGGUUAAAGUUAUAUUAGUCCCAUGAAUGUUGUCUUUCCUCCUUACUAGUUUUACUUCUCAGCUAUGUAGCGAAAGAUCAAAUCAGCUUUUAGUUUCAUAAGUCAACACAAAACUCCCUAACAUAAAAAUCACGACUAAGAUGAUGUUCCUUAAAACUUAAACUCCAUAAACACUUUUUUAAAAGUUGUAUGGUCUGUUUUCCAUGAAACUUAAGUUAGCUUUCUUACUGGAUUUAUUUUUACAUCUAAAAAUUAGGUUUUGUUUUAUUAUUUAUACUGCUCAAAGAGUGAUUUGGUUUAUGAUGUGAUCAUCUCUGUUCUCUUGGGUUCAGACUAUGUAAUUGUAAUGUUUAUAUAGGUAUUUGUGUUUUCCUUUGUUCAAAGUGUUUGACAUUUUCGUAAAUUUUUGUAUGUUUUUCAGGGAUUGGAAAGGAGAUUGUUUUUUGCAUUAGUAAAGUUUAUUACU